AAUGAUUCAAGGGAGCUUCACGUAGUGAUGCUUCCUUACUUAGCCUUUGGCCACAUGAUUCCCUUUCUCCAUCUCUCCACAGCCUUAGCCAACUCUGGCAUCCGUGUUUCCUAUAUCAUUUCCCCUGAAAACACCAAAAAGCUCCCCUCAAUCCCUCCUCAUCUCUCCCCUCUUAUCCAAAUGGUGCAGCUUCCCUUACCCCACGUCGAUGGCCUUCCCGAUGGUGCUGAAGCCAACGUCGAUAUCUCAAUGGACCAAAUUCCUUAUCUCAAGAUUGCUUACGAUCUAUGGAAACAACCUAUCAUGCAUUUCAUCGAACACAACACACCUGAUUGGAUCAUCCAUGACUUCGCUCCCUAUUGGAUCUCUGAUAUCGCUCGUGAGUUCAACAUUCCACAUAUCUUGUUCUCUAUCUUUCCUGCUUCUGUUUACAGCUUCUUUGGGCCACCAGAGUACUUAGCUGAACCAAGCAAGUACUGGACAUCACCGGAACGCUUGUCGUCGCCACCGGAGUGGAUUACUUUCCCAUCUACAGUAGCUUUUCCAAGCUACGAAGCACCUUAUGUGCUUGCAGGCUUCUUCGGAACCAAUGCAUCUGGUGUCAGUGACAGUAAAAGAAUUGCCACAUGCAUUAGUUCGUGCAAGGCGGUGGCUAUACGCAGCUGCAAGGAGUAUGAAGGUCAGCACUUGGAUUUAUUAGAGACUUUGUUCCGGAAAACAAUAAUUCCUGUUGGUUUGCUACCUCCGGCAGUGCCGGAAAGAAGAAAAAGUGGUGGUGGUGGUGCCGGCGGUGAAGAGGAGUGGGAAGCCACAUUCAAGUGGCUUGACGAACGGAAACCCAAUUCUGUUGUGUUUGUUGGGUUUGGGAGUGAGUCUAAGUUGGGUAAGGAGGAGGUGUAUGAGAUUGCUCAUGGGCUUGAACUUUCUGGGCUUCACUUCUUAUGGAUUUUGAGAAAGCCCAUGUGGGCUGUGGACGAUAAUGAUGCCUUACCAUUGGGUUUCAAGACUCGAACUGAGUCUAAGGGUAAGGUGUGUAUGGGUUGGGCUCCACAGGUGGAGAUUUUGUCCCACCAAUCGAUUGGUGGGACACUGUUCCACUCUGGGUGGAGUUCCAUUGUGGAGACCCUUCAAUUUGGUCACACCCUGGUGGUUCUACCAUUGGUGAUAGACCAAAGCUUGAAUGCUGCGUUGUUGGUGGAGAAAGUUGUGGCUGUGGCAGUAGAGAGAGACAGCAAGAAUGGAUCUUUCAAGAGGGAAAGCAUCGCAAGAGCUCUGAAGAAAGCCAUGGUGGAUGUAGAAGGUGAGCGUGUGAGGGUCCGAGCAAGAGAGAUGAAGAAAAUCUUUGGUGAUAUCGAUCUCAAUCAAGACUACAUUGAUGGGUUCGUUCAAUAUUUGAGGAAGGAUUCAUAAAACCAAGUUGACUUCAAGGGUUAUUA